UUGUCAUUAACCCUUCGCAACCCUGAUUGUCACCACCGCCUCCGUGCUUCCUCGAGACGCUUGCCGGCCCGCCUCCCUCCGCCGUUGCCGUCAACCGUUUGUUCGGCGCCCGUGAUUUCGCUUUUUCUUCUCCUUCUAUUUUUCUUCUUCUCACCGUAUCGAUCCACUCUCCUCCGAAUUCAAUCCCCCAACAAUCCUAACAAGGCUACUAGAGGUUAUCGAUCUCAGCAAAGAGAUCCUUCCGACUGGUCCCAUUUCUAUCUGUUGAAACUAGGGGGGCUCCUAAGCGACGAGGAAGAAAAGGUUAUAUUUAAAACAGCAAAGAUGAGGAUUAUGAUAAAGGGUGGCGUGUGGAAGAACUCUGAGGAUGAGAUCCUCAAAGCUGCGGUUAUGAAGUAUGGGAAGAAUCAGUGGGCUAGGAUAUCCUCCAUGCUCGUUCGUAAGUCCGCCAAGCAAUGUAAGGCUAGAUGGUAUGAGUGGCUCGAUCCAUCUAUCAAGAAGACAGAGUGGACAAGGGAAGAGGAUGAGAAAUUGCUUCAUCUUGCAAAGCUCAUGCCUGCUCAAUGGAGAACAAUUGCUCCAAUUGUGGGUCGGACACCGUCCCACUGUCUUGAACGCUAUGAAAAGCUACUUGAUGCAGCUUGUGCAAAAGAUGAGAACUAUGAGCCAGGUGAUGACCUACGAAAGUUGCGCCCAGGAGAGAUAGAUCCAAACCCUGAGUCAAAACCUGCACGACCUGAUCCUGUCAACAUGGAUGGGGAUGAAAAGGAAAUGCUUUCAGAAGCACGUGCUCGUUUAGUUAAUACUAGAGGCAAGAAGGCCAAAAGAAAGGAAAGGGAAAAACAACUUGAGGAGGCAAGGAGGCUUGCAUCUUUGCAGAAAAGAAGAGAACUGAAGUCAGCUGGAAUUGGUGGGCACCAGAAGAGAAAAAGGAAAGGGAUUGACUAUAAUUCAGAAAUAUCCUUUGAGAAGAGACCUCCCCCGGGGUUCUUUGAUGUUUCAGGUGAAAAUAGGCCAUUAGAGCAACCCAAAUUUCCUACCACCAUCGAGGAGCUUGAAGGUAAAAGGAGGGCUGACACUGAAGCACAAUUAAGGAAGCGAGAUAUCGCAAAAAACAAGAUAGCACAAAAACAGGAUGCCCUUGCUGCAAUUUUGCAAGCUAACAAACUUAAUGAUCCAGAAGCAGUUAGGAAGAGGUCUAAACUGAUGCUUCCAGCACCGCAAAUUUCAGGUCAGGAGUUGGAGGAAAUUGCAAAAAUGGGUCAUGCAAGUGAUCUUUUGUUAGCUAAUGAGGAACUUACUGAAGGUAGUAGUGCCACACGAACGCUUCUUGCAAAUUAUUCUCAGACUCCUAGACAAGGAAUCACUCCCUUGUGUAUCCCACAGAGAACUCCUGGCGGGAAAGGUAAUACAGUUAUGAUGGAAGCUGAAAAUCUUGCACGAUUAAGGGAGUCUCAGACUCCACUUUUAGGUGGGGAGAACCCUGUGUUGCACCCAUCGGAUUUCUACUGUGUCACACCAAGGAAAAGGGAAAUUCAGACUCCAAAUCCAAUUGCUACCCAAUCAGCUACUCCAGGACCUGGUGUUACCCCCACAUUUGGCAUGACUCCUAGAGAUGGAUAUUCUUUUGGUAUGACACCAAAAGAGACACCUUUCAGGGAUGAACUUCACAUAAAUGAAGACCUUGAAGUGCAAGAUAGUUCUAAGCUUGAGCUUCAUAGGCAGGCUGAAUUCAAAAUAAACUUGCAUUAUGGGCUAACCAACCUACCACAACCUAAGGAUGAGUAUCAGAUAGUUAUUCAGCCUAUUCCCGAGGAGGAUGAAGUGGCUGAGGAGAAAAUUGAAGAGGACAUGUCUGACAGAAUAGCCAGGGAGAAGGCACAGGAACAGGCAAGGAAGGAAAUCACUGAUGAGGGGCGAUGAGGACAGGAGUUCCUUUAAUUUGUCCCUCCUACUCUGUUUGAGCAGGCUGAUGGAAUGAUAAAUAGUGAACUUCUUGCUUUGGUAAAACAUGACAAUGCAAAGUAUCCAAUCAACGUAAAAUCAGAUGAGAAGAAAAAGAAAGGAACCAGACGAAUAUCAAAUGGGAAAUUACCAAUUCCUGAACUUGAAGAUUUCAAAGAAGAUUAGCUGGAGGAGGCGUGCAAAUACUUUUAUUCUUCUUUUUUUUGUCUUUCUGAUAUUAAUUUUGUUUGUGGUCACGAUCUUUAAGAAAUUUCUUCUUUGUAAGUUGUAUUGAUUCUUUUUCAUUUCCCUUUUUCAUGGUAACUUGAUUUCAAACCUUGAUAGUUAGUUGCAGAUGUGAAAUUGGGGAAUCGUUGGCCUCCAGUUAAAUAGUUCUUGAUAACUGUUUUUUUUCCAUUUUAA